GCACCGCGGCCAGAUUUGAUAUAAAGUUCGUUGGUCAAGUGUUAUGUCUAAGCAUUCGGUAGUGUUCUUUGGACAGUGCAGCAUUAGCUGGUAGAACAAGAGUGCCUCCUAGAACAACGUAGUGUCAGCGAGUGGUUGCAAUGCUUAGGCUAAGUGCUGCGUGUGUGGUGUUGGUGCUCGUAGGAGUGUCCCUGGCUGAACCUCCGGCAUCCGGUGGAUAUCCAGAUCGUCGGAAUGGUGGUGGCGGUGGCGGCGGCGGUGGUGGCUAUCAGCAGGUCAACAGUGGCCAGCAGACUUCCGAGGGUCAAACCGUGGAUCCUCAGUUGCUCGAUAUGGUGAAGAUGCUGUUGCUGCAGCACGAAAGUGAAUCCGGAAACGGUGGAGGUGGUGGUGGUGGUGCUGGAGGUCCAUACCCCUCGUCCAAUGGUGGCGGAAGUGGCGGUCCAUAUGGUUCUUAUGGACCACCAGCUGGAAGCAGCUCGCAGGGUCGUGUGACCGGAAUUGAGUUGGAAAACCCCAGACAGAGCAUGCAGGUUGCCGAAUUCUGGCAAGGUGGUGAUGAACAAAGUGCUCCCCGGGGCCAAUACGGUGCCCCAGGCCAAGGUGCCCCCAGUGGAUCUUAUGGCGCCCCAAGUGAUUCGUAUGGUGCUCCCCUAGGUAGAAAGUAAAUUAAUUAAUUUAUUUGUGUGUAGUGUGUAGGUAUUGUUAGGUCAGAAAAAAAUAAAUUUGUCACCGUGAA